AUGAAGUCCCUCACUUUUGCCGCAAACCUCCUUUUGGUGGCCAGUGCCGCCAUGGCAACUCCUCUUGCCGCCCGCAAGCAGGCUGCUAUGGAUGCUCUCCGCGCCAGAAGUGCUGUUCGUCGCUCCAACAAGUUCCAAGCCAGCUCCUCCCACAACGUCAACAGCACUGCCGAUGUGGAAUCUACGAACUGGGCCGGCGCCGCCCUCACAACAUCCGGCAUUACUAAGGUCUCCGGUACCUUCACGGUCCCCAAGCCCACCGUGCCAUCUGGUGGCAGCUCUAGCACUGAGUAUUGCGGUGCUGCUUGGGUCGGAAUUGAUGGUUACUCUGAUGCCGAUCUCAUCCAGACUGGCGUCCUCUGGUGUGUUCAAGGCGGCCAGUACCUGUACGAGGCUUGGUACGAGUACCUCCCCGCCUCGUUGGUCGCAUACUCGGGCAUUACUGUGACUGCCGGAUCGGUUGUUACCGUUACUGCCACCAAGACCGGCAACAACAGCGGAACCACGACGUUGACGGCCGGUGGAAAGACUGUUUCUCACACCUUCUCCAACCAAAACUCGCCCCUGCCCGGUACCAGCGCUGAGUGGAUUGUCGAGGACUUCACCUCGGGCAGCUCAUUGGUUCCAUUUGCAGACUUUGGAUCUGUCACCUUCACCGGAGCAAGCGCUCUUGUUAACGGAGCAACCGUUACACCCGGCAGCGGAUCUUCAACCAUUAUUGAUCUGGAAAACUCAAGGGGAAGUAUCCUUACAUCAACAACCAUUUCCGGCAGCUCAGUUACCGUCAACUACGUGUAA